CUGCAUUAUAGGACAAAUUUAAAUAACCGGGAGCAUCUUUUUAACCUCUUGCGUUACGACGCAUCUCGAGGAUAUUUAAAGCCUCAUGGCGAAGUAUUUGGUCCAGUUGAUUCUAUCUGGUGCUCGAGUUUUGGGUCGUGCAUUUGCCCAAGCUGUCAAAGAAGAAUACGCUUCAAGUCAAAGAGUUGCUAAUGCCCGUCGAAACAAUGGGUCUGGUGGCCCUGAACAAAAUACUUAUGUCCAAAACGCUGGGAUCUCACUAGAGGAAGCAAAACAAAUAUUGAAUGUCAAAGAUAUUCACGAUAUAAGUACUUUAAAUAAACACUAUGAACACCUCUUUUCCUCCAACAGUAAAGAUAAAGGUGGAUCAUUUUACUUACAAUCUAAGCUUAUUAAACGAUGAUGGACAAAAAUGUCUAUGGCAUACGAACUCUUAAAUGCCUACUUCCCAUUGUGGUUUUAAGCAAAUAUAAAUAUCAUGGAGCCAAAGCAUAUUUAUAUGUGUACUUAGUUUGAUCCAAAAGUUAUAAAUCACCAUUGUGGUUGUAGGCAACUGAACAUUUCAGAAAGUCGCCUAAUAAAAAUGAAAGACAUUUUUGUAGACACUUGGUAUUCGUUAGCUCAUGAUCUUGAAUAAUUUGGUUAAUAGAAUUAUUGUAUAGAUAAUUUUUGUCUAGCUUUGUCAUGAGACACUAGGUAUUGAAAACUAUGCUCUUAUCAAUUCAAUAUCUGACUAGUUCUAUAUUUUUAAUAUUAUGUUACUCGUAUUUAGGUAUUUCGAGCAAAAGAACGUAUUGAUGAGGAAUUACAAUUUGAACAAUCGGAACGGCGACGAAAUACCGAAUCUAAAAACAGUCACCAAUCGGGGACUUGAACAAAUGUAAAAAAUCACUUUGUUUUUGACUAGUUCUGUAUAUUUAGAAACUUACAGAUAAGUCAAUAUCAUGUUUAUUUACUUAUUAAUAUGGUUGUAUAAAGUUAUUGUACAGUAUUAGUUGAAGAGAAAUUAAAAAAAGCACGAUUAAUUUUAUGUUGUUUCUUUAUGAAGUACCAUGAAAAGUGAAGAAAUUUUAUUGCUACGGAAGUUCAGCUGAAUAAUAAAGCUACUUUGAAUCAUAAACGAAUAUAAAUAGCUUCUAAUUACUGAUUAGAGUUUUCAAGUAAAACACUUAUUUUCACAACAGUUUCUCUUUGUAAUUCACUUUGUCAUGAUACUUUUUUUCAAAUACAUAAAUUAAUACAAUGUAAAAA